ACUCCUUGGUCUUUAAGCUCAAAUCUGCAGAAUUUCCUCCGGAGGAUCAAUGGCAGCAGAAAUGGCUCUUGUGAAACCCAUUUCCAAAUUCAGCAAUGUUACUCCCAAAUUCGGGAACCCAAGGAUGGGUUCAUACACCAAGUUCAGCAUCGUAAGAAUGUCUGCCUCAUCCACCGCUACACCCACAAAGCCGAGCAAGAAAGGUAACAAAACUGCCAUCAAGGAGACCCUUUUGACGCCGAGGUUCUACACCACAGACUUUGAUGAGAUGGAGACACUUUUCAACACGGAGAUUAACAAGAACUUGAACCAGACUGAGUUUGAAGCUCUGCUCCAGGAGUUUAAGACUGACUACAACCAGACGCAUUUUGUGAGGAAUAAGGAGUUCAAGGAGGCUGCUGAUAAAAUCGAAGGACCUCUCAGGCAAAUCUUCGUGGAGUUCCUUGAGAGGUCUUGCACUGCUGAAUUCUCUGGCUUCCUUCUCUACAAAGAGCUCGGAAGGAGGCUUAAGAAAACCAAUCCAGUGGUUGCUGAGAUUUUCUCUCUCAUGUCAAGGGAUGAAGCAAGGCAUGCAGGGUUUCUAAACAAGGGUUUAUCUGAUUUCAAUUUGGCGCUGGACUUGGGUUUCCUGACAAAGGCUAGAAAGUACACAUUUUUCAAGCCAAAGUUUAUCUUCUACGCAACAUAUUUGUCUGAGAAAAUUGGAUACUGGAGAUACAUAACCAUAUACAGACACCUCAAGGCCAAUCCCGAGUACCAAUGUUAUCCCAUUUUCAAGUACUUCGAGAACUGGUGCCAGGAUGAGAACAGGCACGGAGACUUCUUCUCUGCUUUGAUGAAAGCUCAGCCACAAUUUCUCAAUGACUGGAAGGCAAAGUUGUGGGCCCGUUUCUUCUGUUUAUCGGUCUAUGUCACCAUGUACCUGAACGAUUGUCAACGCACAGCUUUCUAUGAAGGCAUUGGGUUGGACACCAAAGAAUUUGACAUGCAUGUCAUCAUUGAAACAAACCGCACCACAGCGAGGAUUUUCCCAGCGGUUCUGGAUGUGGAGAACCCCGAGUUCAAGCGGAAGUUGGAUAGAAUGGUGGAAAUAAACCAGAAGCUUGUUGCUGUUGGUGAAACUGACGACAUUCCCUUGGUGAAGAACUUGAAGAGGAUCCCACUAAUUGCGGGCUUGGCAUCUGAGCUCUUGGCUACAUAUUUAAUGCCACCAAUAGAGUCCGGAUCUGUGGAUUUUGCAGAGUUUGAACCACAGCUUGUGUACUGAGCAGGCAUAAAUCCCUCAUAAUCCCCUUCUUCUUGUUCAUCUGAGUGCUAUUGGUGUGAAAAACGUAGCGAGGAGUACACAGCACUGAGAAAACUUUGAAAUGUUGUCUUGUGUAUUAUUUGUGACAAUAGAGUCCAUUAGUUCACUCGUUAGUUGGAUGUCCCUAGUUUUCUUUUAUUUUUGACUUUAAGUUUAUUCGAGGGCAUUCACCCAAUGAGCUUAAAAGUCAGAGAGAACCAUUUCCUCUGUUCAAUCCUUUAAAAAGGGAAGAAAAGGAAAAACAAAGUACGUUGAUACUAAUGCUACCAACCCAUUUCUUAA